AACGAUCUCACUGAGGAAGACUUAGAGAUCCUUCGCCCCUUCGCUCUCAAGGUGGAAACAAACAUGACUCUAGAUGCCUUCUCUCGCCUCCCAUUCGCGUUCAAGAACAGCAAUUUUCGCUCUUGGAAGGAAACUCAAGCCCAUGUCGCCCGUCUGUCCGGCUUCCAGCCGCAAAUUUAUCACUGCUGUAUCAACUCGUGCUGUGCAUUCACAGGUCUGUACGAAGAGAAGAUCACAUGCCCAUACUGCAAAUCCAACCGGUACAAUUUGCAUGGAAAGCCUCGCAAACUCUUCAUCUAUCUCCCCAUCACCCCUCGUUUGAAAGCUUACCUUAGUCGCGCUGACACGGCCAUGAAGAUGCGGCAUCGCGCACAGGCUCAAGCUGCCCACAACCCAGACAUAGUCAAAGAUGUCACCGACUCCACGAACUAUCAUGGACUGCUUACAAAUAACGUCGAGGUCAACGGCCGUUCUCUCCCUUACAAGUUCUUCGAAGAUCCCCAUGACUUUGCGCUCAGCUUGUCGACAGACGGCUUCGCACCAUUCAAGCGCCGUUCGAAG